AGGAAGUGAGAAGUAUCUUGCUGAAAUACCGAAAAAACGCGGUCUCACUGAAUUUGCUCUUUUUUUGGGACUUCAGGAUGGAAGCCUUGUGUUUGAGAGUUUCCUUGCUGCUGCUGGUUCCAGGAUUUGUCCUCAGUGACAGCUCUGACAGAUAUGCUGCCAAUCGGAGUGACUUGGGAAACUACCUUUCCACUUUCUCAGGGAUCGAAUCCAGCAUCCUCCUCACCACCAGACAGCCCCUGGUGUCCAACCAAACUGUCAAGUGCUCCCAGCAGACUAAGAUUGCUGAAACUUUUAAAUACAUUAACACGGUGGUAUCUUGUGCUAUUUUCAUCGUUGGAAUGGUUGGGAAUGCAACGCUGCUGAGGAUCAUUUACCAGAACAAGUGUAUGAGGAAUGGCCCGAAUGCACUGAUAGCCAGUCUGGCACUGGGAGACCUUAUCUAUAUUGUCAUUGAUAUUCCUAUCAUUGUGUACAAGCUCCUUGCUCAGAAGUGGCCUUUUGGAGGUUCUGAAUUUGGACAGUUUCUCUGCAAAUUCCUUCCCUUUAUACAGAAGGCAUCGGUGGGAAUCACAGUCCUUAAUCUCUGUGCCCUUAGUGUGGACAGGUAUAGAGCAGUUGCCUCCUGGAGCCGUGUUCAGGGAAUUGGAAUCCCUAUGAUCACUGCUAUUGAAAUUUUCUCCAUUUGGCUUCUGUCCUUCGUACUGGCUAUUCCAGAAGCAAUUGGUUUUGCUGUGGUACCUUUCAGAUACAAGGAUGAAAACUAUGUUACCUGCAUGCUCAAUCCUACAAAUAAUUUUAUGUUGUUUUACAAAGAUGCAAAGGAUUGGUGGCUGUUUGGUUUCUAUUUCUGCAUGCCACUGGCGUGUACUGCCAUAUUUUAUACGCUAAUGACUUGUGAAAUGUUAAACAGAAGAAACAGCAACUUGAGAAUCGCUCUCAGCGAACACCUUAAGCAGCGUCGAGAAGUUGCAAAGACAGUUUUCUGUUUAGUCGUGAUUUUUGCUCUUUGCUGGUUCCCUCUCCAUUUGAGCCGAAUUUUGAAGAAAAUGGUAUACAAUGAAAGAGACUCCAGCAGAUGUGAACUGCUCAGUUUUUUGCUGCCGUUGGAUUAUAUCAGUAUCAACCUAGCAACCAUGAACUCUUGUAUAAACCCAAUAGCUCUGUAUUUUGUGAGCAAGAAGUUUAAAAACUGUUUCCAGUCAUGUCUUUGCUGUUGCUGCUCCCAGUCUAAGAGUCUAGUGACUUCAGUGCCCAUGAACGGAACAAGCAUUCAGUGGAAAAAUCAAGAACUAAACAAUCACAAUACAGAUCGAAGCAGCCAUAAAGACAGCAUAAACUAAAAAUUAAGGACUCUGAUAACACUUCAGAAUCAAACAGGAAAAAAAGGUCACAACAAAUCUAUUUUAAGAGCAAGCCCAGUGACUGUUCCAUAAUCAAUUCAGACAUGCACCCUUGUACCUAAUUCUAGACGUGACUGAGUAGAUUGCCUGACUAUAACUGUGAUGUUCUGUGAACUGAGAUCCACUGGAUGGUAAUUCUGUCUCUGAACAUGGUAUCGUUGUGAUUAUGACACCAAAAAACUGACUUGAACUACACAGGUGUUUUGCGCUUCUGAACCAAGCAAGAACUGUCCAGUGUCUGUGACUGGUACAAUACAAUCUUUUUACCUGCUUGUCACCUAGAAUUAAUCACUGUGGAAUUUUUCAGAAGAUAUCAAAAUGGAAUCUGUCUGUGACUGUAUUUUCUCUCUGCCAGUUUGUCUUUUAACUUUUAUUUGUGUGGUGGAUAUAUUCCAUGCACCAGUAUGUUUUGCAUGUUGUUGCUAUUGUUUUUCAGGUUUAUGUUGGAAAAUGUUUUGGUCCACACCAGUAUUUUAUUUACUUAUGUUAC